AUGAACAUCUUGGAGAAUGGAAAUUUUCGUCUAAUGGGAAAUAAAAAAUUCAGUAAGAGUAUUGAAACAAUACUUAGAACAACAUCUAAAGAUAAAACCCUUGAAACCUUUGAAAAAACUAUAAUAACAUCAUCGAAUUUUCAAAAACAAAACGAUACUGGUAUCGAUGAGAAAAUCCUUUCAUCUAAUGGUUUCGAAUCUUUAAAGAAUACUGGUAGAUCAACAGUUGAUGUUAAGAGGAAUCAACACCAACGAAUUUCUUGUAAUGAUUUGAUUUCAUUGGAAGGUAUGGGUCUCUCAUUGGACGAAUGUAAUGAUAUUAUAUUUUGUUUUUAA